GGAGGCCCCGGGCACGUACGCCGCACAGGGCACACCUGCUCCCUCCGGCCUGCUCUGCUCACUGCUUUGAUUCCGCUUCGGCGCUUCGCCGCCUCCGGUUUUCUCUCCGCGCCUCCAGUCUCCAGGGACGCACCACCUCUCCCAAGUCCCAAUCUCCCAUGGCGGCGCUGGGCACGGCGAUCACCCCCGCAGCAGCUACCACGGCGCCGUGCUGCUAUAAUCGGCAUCCGCGGAGCCACAUCACGGCGCGCCGUAACCGGGUUGCCUCCGCGAGGAGGCUUGACCUGUGCGCCAGCUCCUCACCUGCCGUCACCGCUCCCGACAUACCAGACGAGGCGCUGGUGGAACCCUUGGUGGCGCCGGCGCCGGAGACGAAGCUCAGGAAGCUGGCGUGUCCAAUCUGCUACUACCCCCUGGCGAGCUCGAGCGAUCAGUUGGAGUUCUCAAAUUGAUGGUUGUUUGUUCAUCUCCAGUGAUGCUACCAGUCUCGAAUGUCCAACGUGCAAGAAAUGCUACCCCAACAAGCAAGAUUACUGGGAUCUUACAGUGUCAGUUGGUUCGACAGAGUACUCCGAGUCCAUGCCAGUGGCAACAGAGUUGUUUAGGACUCCACUGGUAUCUUUUCUUUACGAAAGAGGAUGGCGCCAAAAUUUCAUAUGGGGUGGUUUCCCAGGCCUAGAAAGAGAGGUCAUGCUGCUUAACUAUGUUGUAUUCAUGAGGAUGUUCAGUUUGAAAUGGCAAAAACUUAUUUGAAGCCAACAAUUGGAGGGACUAUUGUUGAUGCAAGUUGUGGAAGUGGCCUGUUCUCAAGAUUAUUUAUUAAGAGUGGGCUAUAUUCUCUUGUUGUGGCACUGGAUUUCUCAGAGAAUAUGUUGAAGCAGUGCAACCAAUACAUCAAGCAGGAAAACAUUUCAGAUGAGUAUGCCUUUGGUCAUUAUGUUUAGUUUUGUACCUUAUUCAUUAGGUUUAGUUUUGUACCCUACUUGUCAUGUUUGACUUAUUAAGGGCUCGGAGUUUGGGGAUUUUGUUUACUUACCAUCCAUUGGUACUAGAGGUGGUAUUCUGGAUCAUUCUGUGUCAGUCUGUUUUAUGAAGGAAAACAGCACCACCUUGUGGUUCUCGGGGGUCUACGGCCCCCAUAGAGAUGAGGAGAAAUUGGCUUUUCUAGAAGAACUUUCUCAGGUCAGAACCAGUUGCCCUGGUCCUGGGUGAUUGCAGGGGACUUCAAUAUGAUCCGUUGUGCUGAGGACAAGAAUAAUUCGAAUCUUAAUAGAGCUCUCAUGGGUAGCUUAAAUAUUUGGAUUAAUAAUCACUCUCUCAAGGAGUUGCCUCUAACUGGAAGAAGAUUCACCUGGUCCAAAGAGAUGUCCCUACCUUAGUCAAGCUUGACAGGGUGUUCUGCACUUCUGAUUGGGAGGCCUUAUUCCUAGAUUGUUCUCUGCAGAGUAAUGCCUCUAGUAUGUUUGAUCACUGUCCCCUGGUUCUGAGGCUUAAUGUGGGCUUUAAGGGAAAGAAGCGUUUCCACUUUGAGAGUUUUUGGCCAAAGAUGCAAGGUUUUCAGGAGGUGGUGUCUGAUUCCUGGAACUCUAGUAUUUCGGUUUUUUUUGUCCCAUGGAGAGAUUAUCUAUUAAAUUCAAAAGACUUGCGAAGGCCCUGCAGUCCUGGAGUCAAAAAUAUGUGGGUAAUGUUUCUUCUCAACUUGCUUUGACCAAGAUGACCUUACACCUUUUGGAAAUUGUCAUGUGGGGACAAGUCUACACUAGGAGGCGCCGGGCCAGGGACGUACGCCGAGCAGAGGAACACGCGGCCAGGGGGGACACACGCACAGCUGGCUCGAGCUGAUCGAGUAGAUAAGGCAGAAGGAUAUUAUUAGUUUCCCUUUAAGAGUUAUCAGUUCCAUAAUUUCAGGAGUUUGUUACUCCAGUUAGUUGGGCUAUGGCCCUAUAUAUUCUUGUAACCAGGACAAUUAAGGCAAGCAGAUUGUUAGCCUCAUCUCUCUUAUUCUCUAAGCCUACGGUAGAGGGGAAUAACCUCACCGGAGAAGACGGCCGACGGUUACGAGCUCCGUAGCCGCGGUCCAGCCAGCCAAGGGUUUAACGCCCUUGACAACCUGGUAUCGUGAUCUAGACGAUCCUCACCAUCCCAACUCAACACCUCUUCCGCAGCCUCCAACAGCCGCCAUUUUUAGCCGCCGCCAUCACCACAAUCUUCCACUGCCUCCGCAACAUCACCAGCCACCAUGACCAAACCUACCCUCGCCGACGUGCUUGCAUCGCUGAAAUCCCUCACCUCGGAGCUCCAAUACAUGAAGGCAGAGGUGAUCGCCUUGAAGGAAAAAUCCGACUCAACGUCGGAUAACGGCGGCAGACGACGGUCGGAUGGAAUGCGUGAUCCGGACCCGCCGCCGCAACACAAAAAGUGGGAUUUUCCCCGCUUUGACGGCACGACAGAUCCAAUGCUCUUCCUCAACAAGUGCGAGGCCUACUUUCGCCAGCAUCGCACUAUGGCGGAGGAACGCGUGGGACGAGCUUCGUACCAUAUGGACGACAUCGCGCAGCUGUGGUACACCCAACUACAAGAGGACGAGGGCAGACCAACGUGGGGGCGAUUCAAGGAGCUCCUGAACCUGCGAUUUGGGCCUCCCCUCCGUUCAGCCCCAAUGUUCGAGCUCGCCGAAUGCCGACGUUCGAGCACAGUCGAGGAGUACGCCAAUCGUUUCCAAGCCCUCCUGCCUCGCGCAGGUCGCCUUGACGAGGCUCAACGCGUACAGCUCUUCACGGGGGGUCUUCUUCCACCACUCAGCCACGCCGUCCGCAUUCACGGCCCAGAGACGCUCGUGGCAGCCAUGAGCUUAGCGUGGCAGGUGGAACUAAUGGAGUCUGAGCGGCCGGCGCAGCAACCUCGGGCGCCAUCGCGCGGUCAGCCAUCCGCAUACACCCCUCGGGCCGCACUCCCUGCGACUCCGCCAUUGAUGGCACAUUCUGCCCCUCUGGUGGUCGCCGAGCAGGGCCGCGACGAAGGGAACCAGCGACGCCUGACUCCGGACGAGAUGGCAGAGCGGCGCCGCCAAAACCUGUGCUUCAACUGCAAUGAACGGUAUACUCGGGGCCACAACAGGUUCUGCAAGCGCCUUUUCUUCAUCGAGGGCGUGGAGAUCGACGACGCUAUAGACAGCAGCGCUGCUGCAGCAGCCGACACAGGGGAGACGGACGCGCCCAUCUUUUCCCUCCAUGCAGUGGCGGGCGUGUCCAUGGGCAAGACCAUGCAGAUCCGCGUCGUGGUGGGCGCGACAACUCUCAUUGCCCUCCUCGAUACUGGCUCCACCCACAACUUCAUUGCCGAAGAGGCGGCGCGACGAUCCGGGCUGCCCAUCCUACCCCGACCGCGACUCACGGCAACGGUGGCUAACGGCGACAAGGUGCCAUGUCCGGGGGUCAUCCGGCAUGCCCCAAUCACCAUCAACAAUUUCAGUUUCGCCGUCGACCUGUUUGUUCUACCGCUUGCAGGGUAUGACUUGGUGCUUGGCACCCAGUGGAUGGAGAACCUCGGGCGUUUGACGUGGGACUUCACCGCGGGCACGGUGUCAUUCGUGCGCCAAGGCCGCACGAUCUGCUGGGCAGGGGUGCCGCUUCUGGAGGCGGCGGAGUCCUGUGCGGCCGCGACAUCGGCGCCUUUGCUCGAUGAGCUCCUUGCCGGUUUCGGGGAUGUCUUCAGGGAGCCGCAAGGACUGCCACCCACGCGCAACUGUGACCAUGCCAUCACCCUCAAGCCCGAUGCACAGCCGGUGGCGGUUCGCCCCUAUCGCUACCCGGCUGCACACAAGGACGAGAUGGAGCGGCAAUGCGCCGCAAUGAUCACACAAGGCAUCGUCCGUCGCAGCGUCUCAGCGUUCUCAUCGCCGGUACUCCUCGUCAAGAAGGCGGACGGCGCAUGGCGUUUUUGCGUCGACUACCGGGCCCUGAACGCGCUCACCAUCAAGGACGCGUUCCCGAUUCCCGUCGUCGAUGAGCUGCUCGACGAACUUCACGGUGCCCGCUUCUUCACCAAACUCGACCUACGGUCGGAAUAUCACCAAGUUCGCAUGCAGCCUGAUGACAUCCACAAGACGGCGUUUUGAACUCACGACGGCCUCUACGAAUUUUUAGUGAUGCCGUUCGGAUUGUGCAAUGCCCCGGCAACAUUUCAGGCGCUCAUGAACGACGUCUUACGACCAUUGCUACGGCGCUUCGUUCUUGUCUUUUUCGAUGACAUUCUUAUCUACAGCCAGACAUGGGCGGAGCACCUGCGCCAUCUUCGCGUCGUGCUCACUGAGCUCCGGAGACACCAACUCUUCGUCAAGCACAGCAAGUGCGCGUUCGGCGAGCAGUCGGUCUCCUACCUUGGCCACAACAUCUCAGCGUCAGGCGUCGCCAUGGACCCGGCCAAGGUGCAGGCCAUCCGCGACUGGCCUGUCCCUCGGUCCGCUCGGGCUGUGCGCGGCUUCCUCGGCUUGGCGGGAUACUACCGCAAAUUUGUCCACAACUACGGCACGGUCGCCGCCCCGCUGACCGCUCUCCUAAAAAAGGAGGGGUUCUCCUGGAACGACGCCGCGACCGCGGCUUUUGAAGAUCUCAAGUCUGCAGUCACUUCAGCGCCCGUCCUCGCCAUGCCAGAUUUCGCCAAGUCCUUCACCGUUGAGUGCGACGCUUCCUCUUUUGGUUUUGGCGCGGUCCUCAUCUAGGGAGGCCACCCGAUCGCCUUCUUCAGCAGGCCGAUCGCUCCUCGACAUCGCGCACUCGCUGCCUACGAGCGUGAGCUCAUCGACCUUGUUCACGCCGUGCGACACUGGAGGCCGUACUUGUGGGGACGCCGUUUUCUGGUGAAGACAGAUCACUACAGCCUCAAAUACUUGCUGGACCAGAGGCUCUCGACGACGCACCAGCACCGUUGGGUGGGGAAGCUUCUCGGCUUCGAUUUCGCCGUCGAGUACAAAUCCGGAGCGGCGAACGUGGUCGCCGACGCGCUCUCACGCCGCGACACGGAGGACGGCGAGGAAGGCGCCACGCUAGCGCUCUCGGCUCCACGCUUCGACUUCAUCACUCGGCUCCGACAGCACCAAGGCUCGGACCCGGCACUCAUGGCGUUGCGUCAGGAGAUCACCAGCGGUGCACGUGGCGCGCCCUGGUCCCUGGUUGACGGCAUGAUCCAAUACAAGGACCGGCUCUACAUACCGCCUGCCGCCACUCUGAUCCAGGAAAUAGUCCAGGCGGUGCACGAGGACGUCCACGAGGGCGUUCAGAGGAUGCUGCACCGACUCCGCCGAGAUUUCCAUUUCCCUAACAUGAAACAAUUGGUGCAGGAUUUCGUUCGGGAGUGCAGCGUUUGCCAGCGUUACAAGUCGGAACACUUGAAUCCGGCGGGACUGCUCAUACCUCUGCCUGUGCCGAACAGUGUCUGGACCGACAUAACGCUGGAUUUCAUCGAGGCGCUGCCCAAAGUGCGCGACAAGUCCGUCAUUUUGACGGUGGUGGACCGUUUCAGCAAGUACUGCCACUUUAUACCACUGGCGCACCCGUACUCGGCAGAGUCUGUCGCAGAAGCUUUCUUCAUCAACAUUGUUCGUCUGCAUGGCGUGCCACAGUCGAUGGUGUUGGAUCGCGAUCCGGUCUUCACAUCAACAUUCUGGCGCGAGCUCAUGCGCCUGACGAAGACCAAGCUCCACAUGACUACGACAUUCCACCCUCAGUCGGAUGGACAGUCCGAGGCGGCUAACCGGGUCAUCAUUAUGUAUCUCCGCUGCCUUACUGGGGACAGGCCACGACAAUGGCUGCGUUGGCUUCCGUGGGCGGAGUUCAUCUUCAAUACGGCGUACCAAACAUCCCUGCACGACACACCAUUCCGUGUCGUCUACGGUCGCGAUCCACCGUCAAUCCGAUCGUACGAGCCAGGCGACACGAGGGUUGCUGCUGUCGCCCGGAGCAUAGCAGAGCGCGACGAGUUCCUCGCCGACAUUCGCUCUCGGCUAGAGCAGGCGCAGCAGGUUCAGAAGCGCCACUACGACGCCGGACAUCGCCAGGUGGUCUACCAAGUAGGCGACUGGGUCCUCCUCCGCCUGCGUCAGCGUGCAGCCUCCUCGCUUCCUCAGGCCUCGACGGGAAAGCUAAAGCCCCGCUAUUUUGGGCCCUACUGCAUCACCGAGAUGAUCAACGACGUCGCCGUCCGUCUCGACUUGCCAACCGGAGUCCGCCUGCAUGACGUGUUCCAUGUCGGACUUCUCAAGAAAUUCCAUGGGACACCGCCAGCAGCACCUCCACCUCUACCGACAAUUCACCAUGGCGCGGUUGUUCCGGAGCCGGAACGAGCGGUGCGCUACCGUCUUGCACGUGGUGUGCGCCUAGUGCUGAUUCAGUGGAAAGGUCAAUCGGCUGCAUCGGCCACCUGGGAGGACAUCGACACAUUCCGUGCCAAGCAUCUAGCGUUCCAGCUCGGGGACGAGCUGGGUCUCGACGGAGGGGGAGAUGUCAUGUGGGGACAAGUCUACACUAGGAGGCGCCGGGCCAAGGACGUACGCCGAGCAGAGGAACGCGCGGCCAGGGGGACUCGCGCACAGCUGGCUCGAGCUGAUCGAGUAGAUAAGGCAGAAGGAUAUUAUUAGUUUCCCUUUAAGAAUUAUCAGUUCCAUAAUUUCAGGAGUUUGUUACUCCAGUUAGUUGGGCUAUGGCCCUAUAUAUUCUUGUAACUAGGACAAUUAAGGCAAGCAGAUUGUUAGCCUCAUCUCUCUUAUACUCUAAGCCUACGGUAGAGGGGAAUAACCUCACCGGAGAAGACGGCCGACGGCUACGAGCUCCGUAGCCGCGGUCCAGCCAGCCAAGGGUUUAACGCCCUUGACAGAAAUUGCCAAGGACAGCAGGCCUCUGUGCUCGGCUGAAGAGUGGUUGAGAAAACAACUAAAAUUAUUAUGUCUUCAUUUUCUUCCUUGGAAAGAACCAUUGCUAGACUGAGGUCUAGAGUGAACUUUGUCAAAACAGAGGAUGCCAGUACUGCUUUCUUUCAUGCGCAAGCCAGGUUCAGGACAAAGAAGAACUUCAUUCAUAAACUGAUGGUCGACGAGCAUCUAAUCACUUCCCAAGAGGCUAAGCAGCAGGCUAUGUUUCUGUUUUAUAAGGAUCUGAUUGGUAAAGAGGUUGAGCAAAAUUUUAGUC